AUGGGUAGAAGAUCAUUUAAUAAACAAGAACAACAUAAAAAAAAAUUAGAAAUUAGUCAAACUAUUAAUUUACCACGUUCGUGGGAUUAUGUCAAAAAAUUUACUCAACCAUUUUUAUAUCCAUUCAAAUUUGAAACUUUAACCAUUAAGCAAUCAGAACUUGGUGAUAUUAAAAUUAAUGCAACUUUAUGGGAUACAGCAAUUGUAAUGUCAAAAUUCUUUGAAAUUGUUAUUGGUAGAGAUGGAUUAAAAGGAAAGAGAAUUAUAGAAUUAGGUGGUGGUGUUGGAUUAACAGGUAUUGUUUUAUCAAAAAUGGGAGCAAAUAUUACAAUUACAGAACAAAAAUCAAUGCAUAGUAUUUUAGAUUUUAAUGUUAGAAAUAAUUUAACAGAUCUAAGUAAAACCAAAGUUUCAGAAUUAUGGUGGGGUGAUGAUUUAACAAAUUCAGAAUAUAAAGCACCUUAUGAUAUGAUCAUUGGUUCAGAUUUAAUCUAUGAAGAUCAUUGUAUUGAUUUACUUUUAAAAUCAUUAUUAGAUUUAUCUUCACAUCAUCCAAAACCAAAAAGUAAAUAUAGUGAUAUCAUUGAACAAAUUGAUGCAAAUAAUGGUGAAAUCCCUCAAGAAUUAUUAGAGAAAUUAAAAUUAGGUGAAAAUGAUGAUAAUAAUGAAGAUAAUGAAGAUAAUGACCAACUUGAUAAUAAUAAUAAUAAUAAUAAUAAUAAUAAUAAUAUUAAAAAUACUACUACUACGACUACUACAACAACAACAACAACUACUACUACUACUAAUACUACCACAACUGAAACAAAUACUGAAACAAAUACUGAAAAUGAUAAUAAAUCAAAGGAAUUAAAUUCAGAAUUAAAUAUAAAAGAAAAAGAAAAGAAAAAGAAAAAGAAAUCAAUUAAAAAGAAAAAAGAAGAUGAUGAAGAUCCAAAAAGUGAAGAUUAUUUAUUUGCAUCAGCAUUACUUGAACCAGCUGAUACUGUUAUUUAUUUAGGUUAUGAAAAUAGACAAAUGUCUGCAGAGUCAAUAUUUUUAAAUAAGGUACAUAAUUAUUUUGAAAUUGAAGAAAUUAAAACUACUCAUUUAAAUCCAGGUUUUGGUGGUGUUGAUAUUAGAAUAUUAAAAAUGAAAAAGAAACUUCAAACUUUAGAAUUAUUAUUAUCAUAUAAUAAAAAAUAA